AAAAAAAAGACUGGAAGGUCAGUUUCUUAGUAUAAAAAAAACAGAGAGAAGUGUGUGGAACUGUUUGGAUUUAAUCACCUACAACAGCUUGUUUUUUUUUUGUGUUUUUCGGGGUUUAAGUAACGCUUCUGAUUGUUGGCACUGAACUUCCUGUUUUAACAUUUAGUGGUGGUAGAGAAGAGAAAAAAAGAGGAGAAAAACACGCACAUAUUUGGGUUUGGUCCUAAAUAUGUUCAGUUGCGUGUUUGGAUUUGGAGACUUAAAGUAAAAAGGUGAUAGAGUUUUUUCUUUUUUUGCCUUGUGCACAAUGAGUUUUGCGGUUUUUGUGCGUUUUCCUGCCAUUCUUCUCUGCGCUUCCUGCUCGGACUGACCGCAAGCAGUUCACGACUAAAAAUACUCAUCAUGGACGGAGAAAUGGACUUUUUCUUCUUUUAAAACACUCAGGAUAUUUCGUUAUAUAUACAUGGUUUUAGAUUAUUGUUGGCGCAGCAGUUUAUGUGUUUUGCGCAUCCCCUGAGCAAAGCAAGGUGCACAAGAUUUUAUGGACAAAUUUAGUUCGUCAAUGUAGUAAAUUCGACCCAUUUCCUGUUCAUCAGAUCAUAGGAUAUGGGAUUUGAACAGAUCUCAACCUAGCCUAGCGUUCAUGGAGUGCUUAGGGUUUGCGCUCACAUCCACCGUUUCCAUCUUCAUGGAGACCCGCGCGCUCCAUGUGUCCGGGUGCUGUGCGUCUUUUCAUGGUUAGCGCGCUUGGCUUUGGAAGAAAAAUCAGAGCGCACCAGUCCCUCUCCAUGAUCCUCAGGUACAGUUUGGAAACUGGAGAGAGGGGCCGGAGAGUGUGUACAUCUGGAGCGUUUUCCAAUUGUUUGGAUCCGUGCGUAAAGAGGAAGAAGAAAAAGAAGAAGAAGAAGAAGCGCUAUGGAGCCCCUGAAGACCAUAUUUACGCGCGGCACGCUAUCCCCCUGGAAAAAUCUGGAGCAAUCCCAGAAAGGGAAUUUCACCAACCCGGUUUGGACAGCACUCUUUGAUUAUGAGGCGUCCGGCAAGGACGAGCUCACCCUGCGGAAAGGCGACGUAGUGGAAGUUCUGUCUUUAGACUCGGAAAUAUCCGGGGAUGAAGGCUGGUGGGCUGGAAAGGUCAACAACAAGGUGGGAAUUUUCCCUUCCAAUUACGUCUCGCUUAAACCCAGCGGAUAUGGAAAGAUCCCGGGUUCCAGCGUGACAGCAGGUGAACUCGGGCCGGCAGUGGAGCUGCAGGUCGAGCCAGAGGUGGUAGAUUUCCGGGAUCUCAGCUUGCAAGAGGUGAUCGGUGUCGGCGGGUUUGGGAAGGUCUACCGCGGCACAUGGCGAGGGGACCUGGUGGCGGUAAAGGCUGCGCGCCAGGACCCGGACGAGGAUAUCAGCGUGACGGCGCAGAACGUGCGCAACGAGGCGCGCCUCUUCGCCAUGCUCACGCACCCCAACAUCAUCGCGCUCAAAGGAGUGUGCUUGCAGGAGCCCAACAUGUGCUUGAUCAUGGAGUACGCGUCUGGUGGACCUCUGAGCCGUGCGCUGGCCGGGAGACGCAUCGCACCACACAUUCUGGUCAACUGGGCCGUGCAGAUCGCCAGAGGCAUGCUGUACCUUCACAGCGAUGCUAUAGUCACUGUCAUUCACAGAGACCUCAAAUCAAAUAACAUCCUCCUGUCUCAGCCGAUAGAGAAGAACGUGAUGGAGGGAAACACACUGAAGAUCACAGAUUUCGGGUUGGCUCGAGAGUGGCAGAAGACCACCAAGAUGAGCACAGCGGGGACUUAUGCCUGGAUGGCACCGGAGGUCAUCAAAUCCUCCACCUUCUCCAAGGGCAGCGAUGUGUGGAGUUAUGGAGUUUUAUUAUGGGAGUUACUCACAGGCGAGGCUCCAUACAGAGGGAUUGAUGGUCUGGCUGUGGCCUACGGUGUGGCAGUAAAUAAACUGACUCUGCCCAUCCCCUCCACCUGCCCUGAACCCUUCGCCCAACUCAUGUCAGCAUGUUGGGAUCAGGACCCCCACCACAGACCCAGCUUUGCCUCCAUCUUGGCUCAACUGUGUGCUCUGGAGCAGCAGGUGAUGGAAGAGAUGCCUCAAGACUCCUUCCACUCUCUGCAGGACGACUGGAGACUGGAGAUCCAGGGCAUGUUUGAUGAGCUGCGUGCUAAGGAAAAGGAGCUGCGGUGUCGUGAAGAGGAGCUGAAGCGCGCCGCUCUGGAACAGAAAUCUCACGAGGAGUUUCUGCGUCUGCGAGAGCAGCAGUUGGCUCAAUGGGAGCAGGAUGUGUUUGAGAGGGAGCUCUCACUCCUCAUUCUUCAUGUAAACCAAAACCAGGAGAAACCCAAAGUCAAGAAGCGCAAAGGAACCUUCAAGAAGCACAAGCUGAAAUUAAAGAACGGGGAGAAAAUCAGCAUGCCACAAGAUUUUAUCCACAAAAUCACCGUUCAGGCUUCUCCUGGUUUGGAGAAGAGACGAAAUUCUCCAGAUUUGGGUUCUCCUUCUAUCGGCCCACGUUUCCGUGCCAUCCAACUGAGCCCCAGUGAAAGUAAGUGGAGCUCGGUGUGGCCGCUGGAAUCUCUUCCUCUGAAGGCUAACGGCGAAAGGAAACUUUCUCCUCACUGGAGCCCUCAAAGCCCUAAAAGCCCCAAGAGCCCUAAGGUUCAGCGCCUGAGUCCGCAGGAGAGCGGACUGUCUAUGAGAGCUCGGCUGUUGGCUUUGGACAGCAAUGAAAAUGGAGACUCCAAAGAUGACUUUGAGGAGUACCGACCCAACACACCUGAACCAAGCCAAAAUGGCUCUAACCUGGUUAAGGAACCUUCAUGGACAGCUCUUCCAGAAGAGGACUCUGGGAGUGAAGAGGGAUAUUUGUCCCCUUGUAGUUCACCAAACCUAGACUGUCGCUCCAGUAUUCCACCUCAUACUAAAAUCACUCACCGUGCCUUGCUCAGCGGAGCUGCUCUUCUCGCCUCUGUGGCUCUGGGACGGCAUCUGGAACCCCAGCACCCACCAACACCCCCUCCACGAACAGCCCAUAGAACUAAUGUGCCUGCUCUGGAGUUAGUCCGAGAACAGCCCCUGCUGGCUGUGGUGGACUUGCCCACGGAUCCCACUUUGGUUGCAGACCUUAUCACGUUUAGUACAGAUUCUCUGCCGCAAGAACUUCUUGUUGACUCACUGAAGCCCACAGAGAAUAAGCCAUUACCUUUGACCCCACCUCCUCCAAAUCCCAGAGAGAGGGACAGGACAAGCCAAAAGACUGUCCAGCAUAGCGCUGCUGAGUGGAUCGCUAAUGGAGUGACAGAGAGUGUGAACCAGACUGGAGACAGAAGGAGAAGAUCUAGUCAUGGACUUUCCUCACAACUAGUGUUGGAUCUACCGUUAUGUCAAGAUACUAUGGAAGCAGAUGAGAAAUCCCCGGUCCCAUUUGCUCUCUACCCCGAUCCUCGUCUUUGGAGCCCUAAAACGCGGCGCCUGGAGGUAAACAUCAUACCACGACCUCGUCCGUCUCCUAACCGACCCCGGAUAGAUCCCUGGAGCUUCAUUUCAGCUGGUGGGAUGGAGAAAUGUAGCUCAAGGCAUGCCAUUUCAACCAGCAGCCCAACAAGUCCAAGACUAGGGUACAGACCCUCACCGACCAACCCCUUCAUGAAUUGUGACCCCUUCCCUUCCCCUGACUGUGAUCCUUUCAGUCUGAAGGCGGACCCAUCUAUAAACUCCGAUCUUUCCUCACCCUUUGAUCCAUUCUCCGCCCCUUUUCCUGUUUCUCGCUCCGCACCAUGUUCCACCAACGGGAGUCCCAACCUUUCUCUCAGGGUCGCCCCACUGAACCCUGCUGAUGCCCCAUUCCUAGACCUGGGUUGGGCAGGGGUCAACAAGCCCAUAGGUGUUGCCAAAGAGAAAGUUUUCCCCAGAAAGACUCUAGGUCUUAGUCCCUUCAAGUCGCCAGCAAAACAAAGAGAUGACGUAUUCUGAGCUUCUACUGGAAGCCACACAUUUACCAGUCCACAUUCAAACAACCCUGUUUUGCAUGCUUUGGAGUUGUCUGCUUUCCUUUGAAAAGCUUCAGACUACCCAAGUGUUGGAUUGCAAAAAAUUUUUGCCUUCACAGAAAAAAAGAUGAUGCUCAUAAUAUUUCCAAUUUUAUGAUGUGGCUCAUUUUCUUCAAAUCACCAUCAGUCACCAUUUCAGAUUGAGGAUUCUACCAGAACCCGGAGCAUAAUCCGUCUUGCAUUAUUAGCUUAUUUAAUAUGACUUAUUUAAUAUGCGUUGCAUUACUUUAAGUGCCUUUGUCUGUUGGUUGUCUCAACUAAGAGUAAGUAAGAGUUAUGCUACAGAAACAAGCAGAUUUCAAAUAUCGGUUUAAUUCACAUAUUGACUUUUGGUUUUGUCAUGAGCCGUGUUAGCAUUUUUAGAUGAUCUGAUUCUAACAUGUCUGUCUUGAGUUCAAGACGGCUUUUUUAUUCUGCUUCGCUCGUCACAUGGAGCAUAGUCUGUACAAACAAUCAAGCUGUUGAUUUCCUAUGGAAAGUUGAUAGGAUCUAAAAUUCAUCUUUUUCUUAGAGCAACUGUUCCAAUCUGCAGAGAUGAACAAGACAAACUUGCAGAUCAUUCCAUACACAUACCAAAGAAUGAAAAAGAAAGCUCAGGCCAGCGCAUAUUAUCACUAUCACCUCUUCACUUCUGCCUGGAGCAAAAUCUACAUUAGCAUACUAAGAUAAUUCCCUUAAAAUGGAUCCAUCAAAUUUUAGAAAACUUCAUUUUAAUUUUCUGAGCAACAGAUAUUGAACUCUUUAGACAAAAUAUUCACAGUAAAGACAUGGUCCAAUAAUUGAACCAGAAAUCUGUGGUUAAUACAUUUUAUCCGGCAUGGCUUUAGUUGCAGGACAUGCCACCGAAGCAUGGUUUCCAUUGCGAUUAAAUCACAUGAUUUAUGUUUGAUUAAGAUGGCACAAGAUCGCAGAGAACAUCACAGAAAGCUCAAUUAUCUUGGCAAGGCUUGCUUCUCUUAAUUCAAACCACAAAUUUGGUGAUGAGACAGUGCCCUAAAUCUUUUUUAUACUUAUUUUUAAACUACUGAAAAAACUGUGUAGCAAUGUAUAAGGCAGGCCAUCUACCUCCCUUAUGUGUAUAACGUGCAUGUACUGUACUAAAAAAUUCUGCGAGCCCAGCAUGAUGGGGUUUGGCUUAAACCUGCUAUUCAAACUAUAUGACAGGUUUAUGUUGACAUUUCCUACAUAUCAGACAUAUUGCAAACAUUUCAGAUAGGCCCUUUAAUCACCAAGACACCAUAUAUUCAACAGUACUACAACAGACCCUGUUCAAUUUAAGCACGAAAUUGCAAAGCCUUCAUUCGAGUCUGGAGGAAAAUCUGUUCGGAACGACAAAGGAUCUCUGGAGUCUUUGACUGCUGUUUGAAAAAGUGCAUUCACUGUACAAAAAUUGUAUCCGUACAGGCACACACAAGUCCUACACCAUCAGCGUUAACUUACUGACACGGCUGCUUGCCGUCAAAGGCUACAUAGUCUCAGAGAAAUGAAAAGUGUUCACAAUACUAAAAAAGUGAUUACUUCUGACUUUUUUUUUUCAUCCCUGGUGGAAAUGAACGUUAUAAACCCAAGCUUGUAUGCUUCUUUAGUAUUGCGAUAGAGCUACGAGGCUGAUAAAACAGAUAUUUUCCUUACUCUGAAAUAUGCUUAAAAUAUUGCUAAAUGCUGAAAUAUUGCUUAAAAUGCAUUUGGUCAGUAAUUAGAAAAGAUUCUUUAUAAAUACUUUUACAUGUUUGGGAGCUCCUUCCAAAAAUACAAAAAAUACAUACAAAGCUUCAUAAGGAGCUUUAAAAUAGUUACCGCUGCUGUUCCUUAGCUUCUGAUAUAAUAAUGAGUCAACACCUUCUUACCAAUCAGAAAGGAGUAUAGGAGAGACAUUAUUCCCUACAAAAGUUCCUAUUCAAAUACAUCUUUUUUUAACUUUAAGCCUUCAGGUUCUUCAAGGGAUAACACUGUGGCCUUUUCUCUACCAAAGAUGUUGAGAGUUAUUGAAAAGAGUUUUGAUAUUUGGUUUAUUGUCUUCGUUUCUAAAGUUAGUGGUCAUUCGCAUGGAGUGGUCACUUGUCAAGACAAAAGUUUAUAUUAAAUUAUUAAAGGUCAAGAAUAUUAAAUCUAGACUGCAUUCUCUACCAGUAUAUUUCUGUAGUUUUAUAGGAAGCAGCAGCAAUAAUAUUUUUGCUCCUUUCAUUGUAAAUCAUUGAGUCCUGCAUUAAUUCUACAUUCUAUCUCACCAUCAUCAUCCUCUUCUUCUUUAAACUCAUGCCUGGUAUUUCACCUUUUUUUUUUAGAUAUCUUUUACCAUCUUGUAGAAAACAGAUUCCUGAAAUGUCUUGUUUUAUGCUCAGUAAGGCUUUUUGAGGUAAUUAGCCAUUAUGCUAGCUAGGUCACUGUUCACUGUUAAUCACUGCAUUGACCUAGAGAUUAGACAAAACUGGUCAAGAAUCAUGAAAAUUUAUCUCUACUGGUGUUUAAAAGUAUAAUCAAUAAUGUAACUGUAUCAAAGUUUGGCCAGUACUGAAAUAAUUUAGCUGAGAUGCUAAUAUGAUGAACUGUACUGUAGCUAGCUAGGAAGACUAAAUGAAGUUAGCAUGACUGAUAAACAGAGAUUAAAAUACAAGGUUUCUGAAUAUUAUAUUAUUUGUCCUGUUUCAGGUAAAAAAACGACCUUUUAAAAUAUUUUUUCCUUGAUGAAGUUAUGUGUGUGAAAAAAACUUGUCAGGUGUCACCGUGGCUUAAGUCUGGCCAAAAAGAAAAGAUGAAAAAUUAGUUUGUAUAAAACUAUUUUUUUUUCUUCUUCUUAUAACAGAUUUGACACCUCAACUUUAAGAAAUCAAAACAAUGAUGAAAUGUUUUUAUCGAUUUUUUUAUUCUUAGCUUGGAAAAUAACAUGCUGUACAGGAGCCAGGCUAACAAACGUAGUUUGCCUGAAGAUGUCUAAAACUUUGCUAGCUGAUUAUGAUUUCCUCGCACAAUGAAUGUCAGGCAAUGAUCAAGCGGUUUCAUAGCUAUUGACCCUAACAAUGUAGUUUAUGAUGUAACCAGAUUUUACUUUCCUGUAGUGAUGCCUGCUAAAGAGAAACAUUUUUCAGUUCAGGAAAACCUGUAUAUAGUUUUCUCAGGCCACCACCACCACCCUUUCACCUCUCACACCACUUUCCAAUCACGGAUAUAACAAAAAUACAAGAAAACAAAAAAUGAUAAAAAUGACUCUCCAGACACCUGCAGGAUCCUGAAAAUCCUUUAGCUAUAUUUCAGCGGUCUCUAAAACAUUAGCAUGAAUCUCCUUUUAGUUUUGCAAGCUUUUUUCCCCAAAGUCACCAUCUGCUGGGCUCAUUUUAGCGGUAAUAUCUAAUUCUCACGUUGAUCAACCUGGGCUUGGGAACCUGUUUUUAAUAUGGCUGCUCUCCAAUCCUAGUCAGGAUCUCUAGGUCACACAGAACAGCUGCGCUCAAGCCCAAAAGCCCAGCAGCCAUUCAUCAUAACCGUCAUAUGAGCCGUCAUUAGCAGGUUCUCAUUUAUCAGCGCUACCUUGUCCUGUUUUUUUCUUUCUUUUUUUCUUUUUUUUGUUUUUUUUAACUGCUGUUUCCUCAUCAAGUAUUUUUCCCCCCCUCUCGAUUUGUCAGCGGUGGUUUAAAUCAGUAUGAUAUGCUGUUGUUCAGAAGACACUGAUAUCAUGUACUAGCAUAAUUUUUGUGCCAAAGAAACUUUGUAACCUAAGCUAUUGUGGUCGAAAGGAGUGUCUUGGGCUGUUGUUUUAAACAUAGUAAUUAGCAAUGGAAAUAACGUCGUUAGGGUAAUUGUGUUGUUUUUUUUUUUUGAUUAUUCUCUGUACUAAUGCUGUUCCAUUCCCUGCUUCCUUACUAAAUAGGCUAAACUCUGUUUUGUGCUAAGCACAAUCAGCUUUGACAGAGUAAUUAGUACUGUGCAUAAUUCUUUGUGAGAGAUUUAAAAAAAGAGAGAGAGAGAGAUAGAUCUAUUUAUUACGGCCUUUAAGACACUGGAUUUAAGAUAUUUUAAUGGGCCAGAGACAGAGUCCUCAUCAGGAUGCUUUGUUUAUUGUAUUUUACAUCACUGGAGUGUGUGAUGGAGAUGUAUGGGUGCUGCAAAGGGACAAAUCAACCUAUUCUACAAACUUAACGAUCAUCCGUAGUCAGGUACAGACUGACUUUUUGGAUGACGACAUUCUUUGACUGUUUUACUUUAUAUUUUUCUUCAUUUCAUUGAACUUGGAAGAAUAAAACAAACAAACAAAAAAAAAAAAACACAAAGUCUUUCGGACGUUUGCUCGUCUUUUCUGAGAAAACUUUGCUUUUUUAAUUCCUUCUUUUUAAUACUAGACUUUUUGCUGAUAUUCUAUUCUGUUCACCUGGACGAGAUUUUAUGUUGUUCCUCCUUCCUGUUAUGGAUACGUUCAACUUCCAAUGGGCUUUGUGACGUGCGAAAUGACAUACUGGGCUGGGCCUAAUCAUUCUACGACUUUGUGUUUCAGAGAGUCUAUGUUUUUAUGUAAUUAUGCUCAAAUGUGUUUUGCCUCUUGUAAUGUUUUUAACCUGUGGAACUUUAAAAAAAAAAAAUGGAAGAGCGUUAAUGAGACCAAAUAAAAUUUAACACAACUUAAAAAAAAAUGCUUUGAUGAAAUUUUUCCCCCCCAGUUUUUAUAAUGUGUGUUCAUUAAUGGUGGAGAAGCCUGAGUGCUUCAAUGGGAUUUUAAUAGGAUUUUGUGGGUAUUGUGUUAGCGGUGGAAAGUUCGACCAUGUCAGGAUUUCCUCACACUAACACUCCCUUAUUUCCCUUUUAAAUGGAGGGUUUUAUAGAUUUUGGCUCAUUUAUCAUGGCUGUGUGUUAGUGUUAGUGAGUGUGUGUGUAAAACCUAGUAACCUUACACUUAACAAAAGUAUGAAUUAUUGACUGCAAUAUUUCCUCAAAGCAGGCUUCAAAACUUUUGGCACCAAGCACAACUUCCUCUUUGACUCUUUAAACUUGUUUAAUAAAGUUUCUUUACAUUGUGA